AAGCCCCCUCCCUUCUCUCUCAGCUUCUCAGGAGAUCCAAUACCCAUCCCCUCCAGAUUUCCUCUCUAAACACACCUCAAUAGCUUAUCUUAUUUCUUGUUCAUCUGGGUCUUUUGCUCUCUUCUCUCAACGAAAGCCUCUCUUUGUUCCUUUUCUCUCUAUCUUUAUCAUAUCAAUAUGGAGAAGAUAGCCCAGAACGGUUCCUUGGAGAGUUUUUGCGUCAAGAGUGAAAAAAAUGCGGCUGCUCAUGAUCCUUUGAACUGGGGAAUGGCGGCCGACUCGCUUAAAGGAAGCCACUUGGAUGAAGUGAAGCGAAUGGUGUCAGAGUUCAGGAAGCCAGUGGUCAACCUCGGCGGUGAGACCUUGACGAUAUCGCAGGUGGCCGCAAUUGCAACCCAUGAUCGUGGCGUAAAGGUGGAGCUGUCUGAGUCGGCGAGGGCUGGCGUUAAGGCUAGCAGCGACUGGGUCAUGGACAGCAUGACCAAAGGGACUGACAGCUACGGUGUAACCACCGGCUUCGGUGCCACCUCCCAUCGAAGAACCAAACAAGGUGCCGCUUUGCAGAGAGAGCUCAUCAGGUUCUUGAACGCUGGAAUAUUUGGAAAUGGAACAGAGUCAUGCCACACACUGCCUCACUCUGCAACAAGAGCAGCCAUGCUUGUCAGGAUCAACACCCUCCUCCAAGGGUACUCCGGCAUCAGAUUCGAUAUUCUUGAGGCAAUCACCAAGCUUCUCAACCACAACAUCACUCCUUGCUUGCCACUCCGCGGCACAAUCACCGCAUCCGGCGACCUCGUUCCCCUGUCCUACAUCGCCGGACUGCUCACUGGCCGGCCUAAUUCUAAAGCAAUCGGUCCUAACGGUGAAUCACUCAACGCCGAGGAAGCCUUCAGCUUGGCGGGAAUAGAAUCCGGGUUCUUCGAGUUGCAGCCUAAAGAAGGGCUUGCUCUUGUCAAUGGCACGGCUGUCGGCUCUGGCUUGGCCUCCAUGGUUCUGUUCGAGGCUAACAUUCUUGCCGUGUUGUCGGAAGUUUUAUCCGCAAUUUUCGCCGAAGUCAUGAACGGUAAACCAGAAUUCACGGACUAUUUGACACACAAGUUGAAGCACCAUCCCGGUCAAAUCGAGGCUGCAGCAAUAAUGGAACACAUUCUUGAUGGGAGCUCUUAUGUUAAGGCUGCUAAGAAAUUGCACGAGAUGGAUCCUCUGCAGAAACCAAAGCAAGAUCGCUACGCUCUACGGACUUCUCCACAAUGGCUAGGCCCACUGAUUGAAGUGAUUCGACACUCCACCAAGUCAAUUGAGAGGGAGAUCAACUCUGUCAACGAUAACCCUCUGAUCGACGUUUCCAGGAACAAAGCCUUACACGGCGGCAACUUCCAGGGAACCCCAAUUGGUGUCUCCAUGGACAACACCCGAUUGGCCAUUGCUUCUAUCGGGAAGCUCAUGUUUGCUCAAUUCUCGGAGCUUGUCAAUGAUUUCUACAACAACGGCUUGCCGUCAAAUCUCUCUGCUGGCAGCAACCCAAGCUUGGAUUAUGGAUUCAAGGGCGCCGAAAUUGCAAUGGCUUCUUACUGCUCCGAGCUCCAGUAUCUUGCAAAUCCUGUCACCAGUCACGUGCAGAGCGCGGAGCAGCACAACCAAGACGUGAACUCGUUGGGCUUGAUCUCUUCGAGGAAAACAGCUGAAGCCGUUGAUAUCUUGAAACUCAUGUCCUCCACGUAUCUAGUGGCACUUUGCCAAGCAAUUGACCUGAGGCAUUUGGAAGAGAACCUGAGACAAACCGUGAAGAACACAGUGAACCAGGUGGCUAAAAAGGUGCUAACAACAGGGGUUAAUGGAGAACUCCACCCUUCAAGGUUCAGCGAGAAAGAUUUACUCAAAGUUGUCGAUCGCGAAUUUGUCUUUGCCUACAUUGAUGAUCCCUGCAGUGCUACCUACCCGUUGAUGCAAAAGCUCCGGCAAGUCCUGGUCGAACACGCGCUGACCAACGGCGAAAGCGAGAAAAAUGCUACGACUUCAAUCUUCCAGAAGAUUGCGGUGUUCGAGGAAGAGCUAAAGACCGUUUUGCCGAAAGAAGUGGAGAGUGCAAGGUUGAAUGUGGAGAGCGGGAAGGCAGCGAUUCCUAACAGAAUCAAAGAAUGCAGGUCUUAUCCAUUGUACAGGUUUGUGAGGGAGGAGCUUGGUACAGGGCUGUUAACAGGGGAGAAGGUGAGGUCUCCCGGGGAGGAGUUUGAUAAGGUGUUUACUGCAAUGUGCCAAGGAAAGAUCAUGGAUCCAAUGCUGGAGAGUCUCAAAGAAUGGGAUGGAGCUCCUCUUCCAAUCUCUUAAUAUUAUGUUUUUCUUUUAUUUAAAAUUUGUGUUAUAGCUGGUGUGUUGUUGUUAAUGUCUGAUAAAAUGCUGAAUUGCCGUUGUAAGUGAAGUAAACGAUGUGAAUCAAAUGAAAUCAAUCAUCAUGUUUCUAAAGU